AUGCCAGACAUCUAUGGACGUUCCUCUGCAUUGUUAUUUGUUUCCAUUGUCAGCGCAAUUUUCUAUGUCCUCUUCAAAGCUUACAAUGCUCGAAAAGUCAUCCACAGCCUGCGCGAGCAUGGACUUCCAAUGCCCCCCUUCAAUUGGAUUACCGGUCACAUGCUCGCCAUGGUACCAUUCAUGAAGAAGUUCUUGACUGAUGCCAGCAUGUAUCAUGCGGUCACGGAAUUGGCAUUGUCUCUCGAGAAGGAAGCUUUCUAUCUCGACUUGUGGCCGCUUAGCGAGCCGUUACUCAUCCUCACUACUCCUGCCAUGACUUCCCAGCUUACGCAGGAGUUCAAUCCACCCAAGCCAUCUGUGAUUAAGAAAGCGCUUGCUAGACUUACGGGAGACCCCGAUCUCUUUACUAUGUCUGACAUAAUGUCCAAACAGUGGCGAGCUAUCUUGAAUCCUGACUUCAGUCCCAAUUACAUGCUACAGCAAACGCCGAAGAUCGUAGAUGAGUGCCGUGUUUUCUGCGAGAAGAUGCGAGCACGCGCAUGCGAGAACCAGAUAUUCUCCCUGGAAGAGGAUGCAAUCCGCUUGUCUUUGGACGUGAUAGGCAUUGUGACGUUGGAUACGCACUUCAAAUACCAGCAAUCCACCUCCUGGGUUACAGAGAGCCUCCGUAAACUGAUCAAAUACACCUCCUCCAGCACAGAGCUGGGUCUUUCCAAGCGCUGGAAUCCUAUACGCAUCUACAACCUCUGGCAUCACGGACGCAAAAUCAACCGCUACAUCGAAGCAGAACUAGACAAACGCUUCCUCAAGCUCCAGCACUCUCACAAUCCAAAACACGCCACCAAAACCGCAAAACCCCUCAUCACCCUAGCCCUAGACGCCUACCUCGCAGAGCAGAAAACCAACACCGCAUCCCUCUACUCCCCCUACCUCGCCACCCUCGACCCCACCUUCAAACGCUCCGCCCGCAUCCACCUCCGCCACCUCCUCCUCACCCCCACCACCACUUUGUCCCGCACCAUCGCCCACACCCUCCACCUCCUCGCUACGCACCCCCCCUCCCUCUCCCGCCUCCGCGCCGAGCACAACCGCGUCUUCGGUACCAACACCAGCGCCGAUCCCAACCGCGUCGGGAACCUCCUCGCCGCCGUCCCUGGCCUGCUCAAUCACCUGCCUUACACGACUGCCUGCGUCAACGAAGCGCUGCGCCUCUCCGCGGCGGGGCCCGGCUUCGGGCCGCGCGUAGGUGGCGGGCAGAAGGGGGAGAAGAACGUUGUGCUGGUUGGUAGCGAUGGCACGCGGUACCCGACGGCCGGCUGCAAAGUCGUGCCGCUGCACCGGGAUAGGAGGUGCGACCCGGCGGCGCUCAUGCAUCCGGAUGUGUUUAUGCCGGAGCGGUGGAUGCCGGCGGCGACGGCGGGGUCGGGCGACGCGCUGCGGGUGGCGGAGGGCGGCCUCAACCCGACGACGCUCUUGUUCUUGAUUGAUGAGCGAAAGGAUAUCAGCCUUGCCCUCUUCCUCUGCCAAUUCCGCUGGAGUCUUCCCACCCCCAUCUUUGAGAUUGACGUCGACACCUGGAUGUGCUAA